CGGGGUAGCGGGGACGCUCUGCCCUCAGCUGCUGCGGCGUCAGUGUCCGGUCCGCCCUUCGCUCCUUGACCCCGUGACCGGCGGGGGCGGAAGCGGCGGCGGGGACAUGGCCAAGUACCUGGCGCAGAUCAUCCUGGUGGGGGCCCAGGUGGUCGGACGGGCCUUCAUGCGGGCGCUGCGCCAAGAGUUUGCAGCAAGCAAAGCUGCAGCAGAUGCACGAGGGCGCUCGGAGAGGCCCCAGUCUGCUGCUGCCUCCAGGAUCAUCGGCAUCAGCCUGCAGGAAGCUCAGCAGAUCCUCAACGUCUCCAGCCUCAACCGGGAGGAGAUCCAGAAGAACUACGACCACUUGUUCAAGGUGAAUGACAAGUCAGUGGGAGGCUCCUUCUACCUGCAGUCCAAGGUGGUGAGAGCCAAGGAGCGGCUGGACGAGGAGCUCCGCAUCCAGGCCAAGGAUGAGAAGGAGAAGGGCAGGAAAGCUGAGACGUGACUCCUGCUGCCCCCGUGCCCCCUCACCCUUAACUUAUAGCUUUGUCCCUGCUUUGGGCCACCAAUGUGGACUGAAACAGGAACUUACUUCAACUUCACUUUAUUGUUUUCUUAAUAAACUUCCUCUCCCCUGGAGGAACGUAGUGUUA